AUGGUGAACCCACGCCCUACACCUCGACGCACUGAGUUCCCCCGUCAGGUACCGGCGGAAUCUUUGCUUGAGACCAGUGAAUCGGAACUAGCACUCAGUAACUUAGACGCUUUGCGUCUUAAUGCUUUAAAACUUGCCCCUACGCCAACUAGUGCGGAAGAGCUGCAUCGCAUGUGGAUUCCUCGCCCUCAGGCGAUCAGGCGCAAGCACCUUGCCAAGGUACUCGAUGAGAUUGCGAAAGACGACUAA